GCAAGUGCCUCUCCUCCUCCCCCGCCCGUGACAGCGAAGACCACGACCCAGCCGCCAGCACAGGAGGCUGCGUCCGAGGAGACCACCGAGGCCACCACACAGGGGGAGCAGACCAAGGGCAAGCAGCGCAAGUGGCCGACGCGUCGUCCCAAUAUCUCGCUGGAGCGGCCGAGGGAGUGGAGCAGGCCCAUUGCAAAGGGCGUCGAGCCAGCGUAUGACUAUGCGUUACGCUACAUCUUGCGUGAUGCGCAGUUCGUGCGGAAGGAACUGGAGGAGCUACAGGCGAAGGUGCAGGCCGAGGAGGCAAAGCCUGAGGGCGAGAGGGACGUGGCGGCAUUGGAACAGCUGAGGGAGAAGGUGAGAAUACUGGAGAUCCAGAGCGAGGUCAACUUGCCGGACGUCAGGUGGAAGGCGAGGAACGGGAUGGCGGACUUGAGCAAGCCUAUUUACAGGCAUUUAGUCGAGCAAAGGUGGAGGGAAGAGGGAGGUCUAGACCUUCUGAUGGAGCGCAUCUACCAGAUGAAAGUCGUUCCAGACAUGCUUCCCGAACUUCAGCCCUCGUUCGACUUGCGUAUACGUUACCUCGAGCCUCCUCCCAAGAAUAACUACCUCCGUACACGCGUGAAGCGCAAGCUGAGGCAAGUUGAGCCUGGUAUCUUCCUUCUUCCGGAGCAGACCAGGAGACCACCUGAGAUAUACACGACGUUGUUCCACACGGACACGCGUCUGUACACUCUUUUGAUGGUCGACCUGGACGUGCCCAACCCGGACACUCAGUCGUUCACCACUUAUCUCCAUUGGAUGCAACCCAACAUUCCGCUGUCCGCAUCCACUGCUUCGCCUACUGUCCCUCUUCAAGCACAUACGCCUUAUGUCCCACCUCAUCCCCAUCGCAAUACUCCCUACCACCGUUAUGUCCUGCUGGUACUGCCUCAGGCUUCCGCAUCGGACCCCAUCGACGUUCCGGUUUUCCAGGAAUCGGAUAGGCUCGGCUUUGACUUCCGUGCGUUCGCGGCCCAAUACGGGAUUGACGGGGCUCGCGGAGGCGGCGCACACAUGUGGCGCGAGGUUUGGGAUGAAACCGUCUCGCACAUCUACAAAUUCACGCUCAAGCAGGAAGAGCCGCGGUUCGGCAAGAUGCCCAAGCCGGACCCUUACGCGGAGCUCAAGAGCAAGAAAAAGUACCUCUAGACGCGUUGAACAUAGCCUUCCUGUCACUAGUUGUAGAUCUUCAGCUAAUCCGAGUGUGCUCUCAUCU